CCUGUGCUGGAUGCUAUGGGGCCGUGGCCGCUGCUACUGCUCUGGGUUCGGGGUGUCCUGGGGGAGCUGGGGCUAGACCCCAUGGGGAGGCACGUCUGCCUAGAAGGAAGCUCCCCUGCUAAGUCAGUGUGCUGUCCAGGCUGGAGGCAGGAGGGCCGGGAGUGCACAGUCCCGAUCUGUGAGGGGCCCGAUGCUUGUGGGGAAGAAGAGAUAUGUGUGAAACCAGGACUCUGCCGAUGCAAACCUGGCUUCUUUGGGGCCCAGUGCAGCUCCCGCUGCCCUGGCCAGUACUGGGGCCCCGACUGCCGGGAGAGCUGCCCGUGCCAUCCCAAUGGGCAGUGCGACGCCGCCACCGGGCAGUGCACCUGCAACAAGGACCACUGGGGCGGGACAUGCCAGUUCCUGUGUCCCUGCGGCCUCCAUGGGCACUGCAACCCGCUGACGGGCGCCUGCCGCUGUGAGCCAGGCUGGUGGACGGCCACCUGCCGCAAGGCGUGCCAGUGCAGCUCCUCGUCCACGGGCUGCGACCAGCUGACCGGGGCCUGCCGCUGCGAGCCGGGCUGGUGGGGCCGACGCUGCAGCUUCCGGUGCUCCUGCCAUCACUCGGCCUGCGACCAGAACAGCGGCCGCUGCAUCUGCCGGCCCGGCUGGUGGGGGCCCGACUGCCAGAAUCCCUGCGCCUGCCAGCACGGCCACUGCAAUCCGGCCACCGGGCACUGCGCCUGCCGCCCGGGCUACAGGGGCAGCUUCUGCGAGCAGCCCUGCCCUCCGGGCAGCUACGGGGUCCAGUGCGAGGGCAGCUGUGGCCAUUGCAGACAGAAGCAGCCCUGCUCUCCCGAUACAGGUACCUGCCUGGCCUGUGAGCCCGGCUGGAACGGAACUCACUGCAAUCAGCCAUGCUCCCCAGGCACCUAUGGGGACAACUGUGGGCAGCUCUGCCCCCAUUGCCGGCAAGGAGAAGCUUGUCAGCCAGAGAGUGGGCACUGCCAGCACUGCGACCCCGGCCUAACAGGGCCCAGGUGUGAAGAACCCUGUGCCCCUGGCACCUUUGGUGAGGCCUGUGGGUCACUGUGCCCGCCUUGUAUUGAGGGCACCUGUGAUGCUGUGACCGGAGACUGUGUCUGCAGGCCAGGCUACUGGGGGCCCAGCUGCAAUGUUUCCUGCCCCCUUGGUUUCUAUGGAGUCAACUGUUCUUCUCCCUGCCCCUGCCCAGAGGGGCCCUGCCACCCUGACUCUGGGACCUGUGAACUGGGGUAUCAAGGCCAGGGCGCCCUCCUGGCUGGCAUCCUGGUUCCCCUGCUGCUGCUGCUCGUGGGCAUCGUGGUCUGUGUCUCCUGCUGCUGCUGGGCGGCUCAGCCUGACCCCAAGGACAGGCCAGUCAGGGAUGGCACUGCUGUGUCCCGAGUAAAGCUGCAGGUCAGGGGGGCAUUGAGCAGCCUGGGCUCGGCACUGCCCUGUGGUUCUCUCAGCAAUCACAAGUUGCCCAGGGUCACAGUCUCCCACCACGACGCAGAGAUUCCCUUCAAUCACAGCUUCAUUGAGCCCCCGUCUGCUGGCUGGGCCUCAGACGACUCCUUCUCUUCGGAUCCUGACUCUGGGGAAGAGGAUGAGGGGCCGGCUUACUGCGUGCCACCCCAACAAGCUGUCACCCCUUUCACAGAGGAAGAACUCCAAGAGGCUCAUCAGGCAGUAAAACCCAUCUCUGCACCAGAUGAUGCAUCCACACCUUUUGCCAUCCCACGAACUUCCAGCCUGGCCCGGGCCAAGCGGCCAUCUGUCUCCUUUGCUGAAGGAACCAAGUUCGGGCCCCAGAACACCCAGGGUUCUGGGGAGCUGGCCGGCCCCUCGAGGAAGCCCAAGCGACUCUCUCGGCCAGGUCAGCCCCCGGCCGAGGGGCAGGAGGCUGAGGGGUCUCAGGGCGCCCAGGGGACAGAGGACCUACAGCCGGAUUUCCAAGAGCCACCCAGCACCACUGCUGCUCAGGGGGAUUUGUCCAGUGGCCACCGGGGGCUUCCUCUUGGGGGCAGGACUGUGGCCCAAAGAGUAGAGGCCAUUGAGAGCGGCAAUAGGGCAAGGCCCAGCCCCGUGACCACCAUCUACAUGUUGGCAGGGACUCCCAGGGGAGCCGAGGGGCCUGUGCGGGCAGUCCUCCGACGCUUUGGCAGCUUCCAGAAGGGCUGGGCAGAGCCCAAGGCCAAAGGCAGCAUUCCUAAGCCUCCUCGCCGGGCCCUGAGCCGGGAUAAGGGCACCCUCAUCCCUUCCCCUGCUCCCAGCCCUGACUCACCCCGGUGCCUGGAGCUCUCUGAAACACCCGUACUCAGUGAAGCCAGCCAGGAGGAAGAGAUGGGCAGGCUGGGGGAUGAUGGCACCAAGAGCCCAGGGGACACCACAGAGGGAGCCAGAGGGGAUGACCUCCCCGUGCUGAAGGAGGCUGGGCAGCUGGCUGGACAGGAAGUCGAGGAUGAACCACAGUAUGAGAAUGUCAAGCCAGGCUCUGUCCCCUUGAAUUCCUGAAGUUUCCAUGGCAUGGAUGGGGGUGAGGGAAUCAGAGUGGGGAGAAUGGGAAAGGGACCUCUCACUGUGGGAGGACUGGGUCGUGUAGUCACACUUCCUCCCUAAUAAAAGGCUA